UCUUUGUUGAUCCAUCCUCCAUUUUUGACCGUCUUUCGACAGAUAAAAAUAGAUAGCUGUCAAAGUAAACUUUAAAAUCUGACCGUCUUCCAGAAGAUUCAGAAGACGGUUUCAAUCCGCCACAUUAAGGGAAUGGUAGUCAAAAGAAUGGAAGUUUUGCGCCCAAUGUGAUAAACAGAGGUUAAGUUUUAGCUAAAAGGUUAGUACAGGUUAGUAUAUGAGAAAAAUCUUCACCUGUGUCAAGCAAUGGGAAACAGGCCACAACGACAGCACCGGCAACGCCGCCAGCCUACCGUUUGACAAGUCGUAAACAUUUUCAAGUGGGUGGAAAAAGAGGAAGAAUGGUGUACUAUGGCUGGAAGACCAUCGCUGCUGUAAUUCCUGUGACCCUAUUUUUCGCUGGUUGUGCAUCCUGGCCAGAGUUUGUCGCUGUGUUGAGUCGGCCGGACUCUGAGCUUAAAUCAUCGGUGACAGCGUUAGGUUUCGUAGAAUCUGUGUACGUGUUCUUUGUGUUCGUACCAAGUCCGUUUGCAAAGAUGGUAUGGCAAGUUCUUGGCAUCAAGUCGACGUUCCUGACUGGAGUAGCAAUAUCUCUCCUAGGUCUGGCUAUAAGCUCUAUUGCUCCGAGCGUUACAUUUCUAACGCUAUCACGGGGAAUGCUGGUUGGUUUUGGAGCAUGUCUAGCUUUGACACCAAUCACGUUUCUUUUAGCAGAUUGGUUUCCAUGGGAACAUCGUUUUCACGUGUUGGCAACAAGCGUUCGGUACUUGGUUAACCCUCUAGGAAGCGUGGUUUUUGUGAACAUUUUCAGGUGGAUAAAUGAUUCCUUUGGCUGGAGAUAUAACUUCUUAUUUCUCAUCACCUACGGGUCGUGUACAUGUGGAAUCCUUGUGCCUAUUUUACGCCACCCUAAGCCCUGCGAAUCGCAGAACACAAAGCCUAAGAAAACCCAAUGUAGUGAUGCAUCGUGGAGCGUGAUGUCUAAAACUGUCAUCGUAGUUCUGUGGAUGUGGAUUUCCUUUGGCAAAGCAUUGGGCCUGACCGCCUUCUACACUAUCAUGGUUAAGUAUGGCGAGGACAUGGGCUAUGAUUCCCUUACAGCCACCCACCCUCUCACGGCAGAAGGAAUAACCGCGUGCCUAUCACGUGCUAUUACGUCAUUCUUCGGGGACCACAUCAAGGGGUACUUUCUGCACAUGUAUGUCGUCUGCACAGCACUGCUAUCGUUAGCUCAUCUGCUUUUACCAUUUGCCAAAGUUCCAGUCGCUGUGAUUAUGUUUGGAGCAGUUGUAGGUGCUGGUCAGGGGCCUAUUGUAGCCGGUUGGUACGCUGCAUGCAAUGAAGUCCUCGGCGGAGAGAGUGUCCACACGUUCUUCAUAUUGCUUCUCGUCAGCUGGGGUCUUGGGCGUACCACAGGGAGUUUGUUACCUGGGCUCAUAGUGGAUUUUCAUCAAGAGUACUCUCUGCUAUUUUUCAUCUUGGGGACAUCGUACGGUUCUAUGGCAGUAAGUCUUCUCGUAAUCAUAGAACUCAAUCGCCGACAUAUGUCAAACCAAAAAUCAAGCAAUUUUUUCACCCAACCAGAAAAAAGGGUGUCGCCACCAGAUAAAUGUACAUUAGAUAAGAACAAACAUUUGAGUGAAGUUGAAAGUGUUCUGAUGCAGACUAAGCAUGAUCAAUCUAAUUUGGAAAGGAAGCCGCUGGCUGUUUCAACACCGCAUAUACACUAUACAUAUGAAGAAAUCCAACCGAAGAGAAACUGAAUCAUGCAGCUACAUUUUAUGUUACACUCUGU